UCUUCUUUUUGAGAUAAGCGUAUUUCUCUGGUGUCUUUGGGAUUGUUAGUUUUUUUUGGCACUUCUUACUGAUCCACUUCAAUCGAAAUUUGAGUCAGAAUGAAACCAAUUCAUGAUGAUGAGAUGGGAGAGGUUAAGCUCUAUGACCCCGUUCCCAUGGGCGACGAUGAUGAUGAAGAAGGUCCGAUAAUGGAAACCCCCAUGCAUUACCGGACACGAAAGCAAAGUCUCAGCGUGGUAUUACAAGAAUUUGUUCAAGCGCCAAAGUCACUCCUAGUUUCUGGCGUCCUCGCCACACUGUGUAUUCUCAUCCUCACCAUCUCGAGCUUCACAAUUCAUACACCAGGCUCAUUUGUGAGAAUCCGGACUCUGUCACAACAGAACUCUCUUCAACCGGAUUUUGUUGAUGCGGGUGAAGGGCCUUCGCCUGAAUUGGGAGGAACUAAAAGAUGUGGGAGUUUUCCAAGCCAAGCCGAGCAAUAUGGUUGCGUUUUUGAUCUCAUGAACUACGGGUUCACGGCCCCAGAGUGUUUCUACCAAGACUUAUACGAAGAAGCACUGGCCACCGGACCAUGGCCAUGGUAUAUCGGGGAAAAUCUUACACUUGCAUUGCCGCAGGAUGUUGAGAUUCUCAAGCGAUCUGUCGAGACGUGGACUCAGAUAAACUAUCAUUAUCAGCACUGCGUGUACACGAUGAAAAUAAUAGCGCGAGCGGUGGAGGAUGAUGAUGUUCUUGUUCCACAGGAAAUAGCGAGGGAUUAUCACCGGAAUCAUUGUGAGAAUCUGGUAGGCAGGUAUGAGGCUGGAGAAUGGGGAAAUGGCGAAGUGAUGAACACCUGGAUCAGGAUGUUGUACAAUCCGUGUGUAAGGCUGAGUGAGAUCAACAAUGAAGAUGUAGGGUAUGCUUAAAUUAUCCAGUCGUGGGACUGAACUGACUUUGAGUAACUUUUUUUAUAUCAAUGAGUUAAGAUCUAGAACGCUGAUAUUCAUGUAUUUAUUCCAAAUUUCUUAUCUACCUAUUAUCAAAAUCAG